CAUAAUGCGUGGAAAUUGAAACUUGCCUGGUCCCCCGAGAAUGAGAAUGACGCCCCAAAUUCAUGUAAAUUCUUCAUACAAACUCCCCUUCUCUUUAAAUGUCCUGUUUGCUCUCGACAGUUACGCCUCAUCGGCCUGUUAAGCUCUUAAAUAUGGAUUUACAGAUGGUUACAGAUUAAAAAUCUUUCGGCAUUUAUUAGGGUUUGAAAUUUUAGUUAGAGCGAAAGAUGGUGAAAGUUACAGAAGUUUUCUCCUCAAGUUAAGUUAUUAGCGUUGAAUUAAUGAAAGAAGCCUGCGGAUUAGGAAGCGAAUACAUCAUGUGAUGUUGAUUAUGGAGUAAAAAGAAUGGAGGAAGAGUAAAUGGCGGAAACCUGGUUAAAGCGUUAGACGAGGUCAAAAGCUUUACGAAACCGGCUGAUUUGGAAUAAAAUACGGAAAGGCAUCCAUGGAUGUGUAUAUAUUAUUAUAAUGCUGCUUUCUGUAGCGGCAAAUGCAAUCGAACGUAGAUCUAGAGAGGCACGUUGAGUAAUAAAGGAGGUAUGCUGUGCACAAGUAGAGCAUGGGAUAAUGGAUACCUCAGACUUGCCUGACACACCACGCACACCUCCAUUCCAGCUAAAGAUAAAAGCUUUUUCUUUUAAAAGGAACCGGAGCCACUGUGCACAGCAUAAGCACAUCUGCUUUCUGGAUUUAGAAUAGGAUUUUCGCCAUGACGGAUCCUGUACAAAGCCUGUGGUCUCUGAAAAUUGAAGGGCAGUCUUUCCUUUACUGAGAAAAGAGGUCAACGCUUUUAUUUCAGCUAUUUCAUUGUGUGUUUUCGUUGACGCCAUGCUUUAAGCCGUCUGAGAUGUGCAUAGAUGAUGCGAGGGUUUGUACUUGUAGUUGUAGUCAAUUUCAUUUGUUAUUGAAAAGUUUCUACGGCUGAUAUGAAGGAAGCUGUCUGCGGAGGGUGAUAUGAAGGCCAGAGGUGAACCAGGCUUGUGAAAUCAUGUGACAAGAGCAAAGCAUGACGGAAGGAGAAAACGCAAGCGAUCUGUCAAGUUCUUUAACUUUGAGAAUUAGUAAUGAAAAUUGUGGAGAAUCUGAUCUGACAGCGGAGCACAUGGCCGAAGGUAUCAGCAGUAGUCUUGAUUGUGGAAGCGCUUUCAAAUUCGGAAAUAUUCAUGAACAGGGGCAAAUAUUUUUUCCUCUAGUGUUAAACAGCGAAGGAAAUGUGGAAAGGUCUACGAGUAGGGAAAGAGGAAUUGCAAUACACAACAAAUCUUUUCGCUGUGAAUCAGAAAAAGAUGCGGGAAUGGGAAAGUGGCUGGAGUUAGGCCUUGGAUCGAUUCACACCGUUUCAAAAUGUCCUCCGCUUGUACAGCACAGUUAUAUGAGUUUCACACAAGAUUCUUCUCCUGCAAAUAAAGAACAGACUUCCAGGUUAAAUACUCGGAAUCAGCCAUUAAUUCCUAAGCUUAGCCCUCAAAUAGAUUACCAGUUUCCUUAUGGACUCACUUACGGCAGAGGAAUGGCUUCAACCCUGCCCUCUUCUUCUUGUGAUUUGGACAGGAACAGAUUGUAUUGCUCUUCAAAAACGAAAAUUUCAGCGGAGUAUCCCUCGCACAAGCAUGGAGAAAGGAAAUUUGAAGAUAGACACGGCUCCAUGAUCAAAACAUCAGGCGAUAACUUCAUGUACCAAAAUUCACAGCAAUCGGCGGUUCUACAGAACGUGAGGGACAUAAUACAAUCUCGGAGGCCGUGGACCAGCGAUGGCGAGUUCGCAUGGAUCAGAUCCGGUGACUUUAGACCAGCUAUUUCAGAUAUCUCAGUUGGAAGAAAAUUGUCUUCAAAUGGCCUGCCCGCCACAAUCCAGUACCAAAGCUCGAAAUGUAUACAGCCAAUGGCGACAUACAAAGGACAGCACAAACAAAUUUCGGCUCAAUUCACUGGAACACAACCAAUUACCACAAAUAUUUCUCAGACUGAAAAUGGAAAGGCUUUCAAGCCUAGGAAACGCGAAGGCGGCGUAUGGUUCAGAUUGCAAGUCGCGCCUACAAAGGAUGGAGAUCGCCUGUUGCCGCAAAUUUCGAAAACCUAUUUAAGAAUUAAGGAUGGAACGACAACUGUACUUCUGGUGAAAAAGUACUUGGCAAGCAAGUUAGGGUUGAAGAGCGAAUCAGAGAUAGAGAUCACCUGCAGAGGACAAGCAGUGUUACCACUUCUUACGUUGCAACAUGUUCGAGAUGAGAUAUGGUGUUCCAGCAUGAAGAAAGAGAGCAAUCAAUCUAAAACGUCUUCUGCUUCAUUUUUGUCCAAGUACUCCAAUGAAUGUUUGAUGGUUUUGAAUUAUCAAAGAAGCUUAAGUGCACAAUAACCAUUGAGGUUACAACAGUUCUGAGAUUAUUUGUGUGCUAUCAGAAGAAAUGUGUGCUCCUAAUUACCAGAAAAAGGCAAGCAUGUUUGAAAUGUGAGGUAAAUUGUAAUUUUAACAUUAAUUCAGCGUUAGCAAAUAGCAUUUCCAUUCUGCCAAAAAUCUUUUCAAUUUUGGAAAGUUUUUCCUCGAUUAAAUUCUAGCAUAUAAACUCAAUAAAUGAGUGGAUGUGUAAUAUUCAAAUCCAUGCAGAUACAUGACCAAAGCAUAGCAACCACGGUUACUUCUGAAGCGAAAUAAAGCUGAAACUAUUGGUCUAAUAAAGAUAAACAACCAAAAUUUAAUUUUUUCA